GCAGAAAAGCAAUGAAUCAAGAGAAAAACAAAAACAAAAACAAAACAUUAAGGAGCUGGUGGUGGUGUCAGAGACCAAAGAAUUGUAAGAAUGCAAUUUUACCUAGGUAAUUUGGUUAAUGGAAAUGAUGAAAUCCUGACCUGACUCUGCCACAUUUCCUGAUUGAAGAGUAUAAAAGUUGCUGUGCAGAUGGUGCCAUACAUACUCAAACCUUAUCCUAAAAACCCAUCCACCCAAGUGAAUCUUGACACCAUGUGCUACUACGGCAGCUGCUAUAGGGGCCUGGGUUAUGGCUAUGGCUCUGGUUAUGGCUGUGGAGGCUGUGGCUAUGGAGGCUAUGGCUAUGGAGGCUGUGGCUGUGGAGGCUAUGGCUAUGGAGGUCUGGGCUAUGGAGGCUAUGGCUGUGGCUGCUGCCGUCCAUCUUGCUGUGGAAGGUAUUAUUCUUAUGGCUUCUACUGAAAAACCCCUUGCUAUUGGGCUGUCAAGGAGUCUAUAGUACCAGAAGGACAUCAUCUUCCAUCUGUGUCUGCAGCCGAGCUACAUGGGAAAGCUACUGCAACAGGUUUAGCAUUUCCAUGGCACACUCAGAGCAACGACAUGGCAGUGACCAAGAAACAACAGGACCCUUCCUUCUGGGAAAUAAUGCAGACUCUCACCUGUCAUGAGAGUGAAUUCUCCAACAACUCCUUCCCAGCAAGUUGGCUCAUCUCUCAUAUGUUACUGGUUUUUUUAUGACUUUGCAAUAAACUUACUUCUCUUGCUUAGUAAAGCUAUUGUUACUUGUCCUGCUUGAUCUCUGUCUUUGGGUUUCAGCUCUCAUUAAAAAGAGA